AGUUAGGCGUUCUGGAAAUCUCGUGCGUUGGCGGAGUUGGACCUGGCCUGUAGUGUCUGGGAAGGCCGAGGGUUCCCAGAGUGGGAGGUCCUGGCCCACAUCUGCGUGGGCGGCGACGGAACGGCUACCCGUGUGUGGCCGAGCUGCGGGUGUCGACUGGGCGGCCGCCUACCUUUCGUUAAGUCGCGGGCUGCGAAAUCGGCACACCGGGUCUCCCACUAUUCACUGCUGACUCCCCUCCCCCACCCCCCUCGAACACCACCCAACUGCAAAACAAGCUGGGUCCCAGCUGAGGUCUUAGAGGGAGUGUGUGUGUGCCUUUUACGUUUUCUGUACUUCUGAGGUCCCCACUCGCGUCCCCAGCCAGAGUGCCCUCGUUUUCUUGACAAUUAUUUUUGAAAGACAUUUGAGUAGAAAUACAAACAGUCCUCUGUAUCUAUUUUACCCGUUGGUGUGGCCAUGCUGGCGCCACCGUUAUUUCUCAACUUCCUCAGGACAGUUUGUACAGAACUGCCUUGUAGGAGGUUCCCAAACGUGGCAGUUUUUUCAAAGAUGGUUUAAUUUAGUAAAGCUCCCAAUGAAUGGUAUUCUGAUAGUAUGUUUUCGUUAAGUAAUUACUUGGAUAUAUUCUCAAAGGGUUUGCUUAGGCAGAUAGAAUGGUUUUGUCCUGACUUUCGGGGAGAUGAAAUGUUGCUUUUAAAUAGUCAGCGUUUUACUAUGACACAUUAGUUGCUUUUUAUUAAAAGUUAUCCCCUUGUAUAAUGGCCAUAACUAAACUGUGCCACUUAACCCCAUGAAACUUAUUACUCUGUACUGUGCAGUUAAGGACAUUAUGUCAUACUAUUCUGCUUUUUAAAAGGACCCACGGGAGAAAUUUUUCAUGGGUAUCUGUCCAGAACAGCUGUGAUUCUCCUAAGCAACAGAUUUGUUUUUUGACUUCAGGACAGUGGAAUCAUUUAACCACUUGUUUUCUAUUUUGUGAUGACUGUUUGGUAGCCCAAGAACCGAUUUAAUAUAUUUCUGUCAAAAAGUGAAGGACCAAUGGCUUGCAUUAGAAUGCUAACCUCCUGCAGUAUUUUCACUUUGUUUUUCCUACCACGGUUUUCCCCUUACCACUGAAUGAAUUUAAUUUUCUUAUGUAUUUGUUAGCCUUCAUGAACAGUAUUUUAGAAUGAGACAGAACCUACACACUGACACAGUUUAGGAUUGACAAUCUCUGCGCUUCUGAGAAUUACAGGUUAGACUAUACAAUACCCUCAGAAAAUCAGGAGAAGGGAGAAGAUAGGAAGAAAUUAGGAGAAUAAAAGGAGCAUAUGGACAGGGAGGUGCAUACAAUAGUGGAUGGCACAGCACCUCAGAACAUUUUUACCUACUGUGAUUAAUAGUAAAAAACUUAAAGGAAAAAUAUGAGCAAUUUGAUGAUAUAUUUACAAAAGUGAGCAAGUCAUUUUCUUGUAGAAACAGUUUUGUCCAACAAAGUCAGUGUUUUUGUGCAUGUUUGGAAUAGACACAGAUGCUUAAUUUAUCUUUCUUGAAAUGUAACUUCAUAAAUUUAAAUGUUAUUUCCCAAAAUAUUUGCUGGGUUUCACAGAAGCAGGUUUUGUUUGCUUGGUUUGUUUUUUUGUUGUUUUUAAUAUCCUGGGAGUACUGGUAGGACUUUUCCUAUGGAUUUAAUAGUACUGGGUUGCUCACCUUAUAUAGUAAGCUAUUAGUAGCUAUUAGUAGGGUUUUAGGUAUUUAUUUUUUUCUACCAAGAAUUAGCCCAUUUUACUAGAAUAAAUACCUGGAGAUUAAAACUAAACUUAAUUUCAAUAGAAGAUUUGUUCUCAGAAACCAUGGUUAACGCAUAAGAAAUAUUUUAAUAAACUGUGUUUAAGACUUUGUUUUUCUACAUUAUAGUUGAGAUUAAUAAAAAUUCCUGUGUUAUAAGACUUUGUUUUUCUUUAUUAUAGUUGAGAUUACAGACAUCCUGCCAGAAUGCUUUCUUCAAAGCCCAGACUUGUCGUACCCUAUGGCCUCAAGACUCUACUCGAGGGAGUUAGCAGAGCUGUUCUCAAAACCAAACCAUCAAACAUCACCCAGUUUGCAGCGAUUUAUUUUAAAGAACUUAUUGUAUUUAGAGAAGGGAAUAAUUCUCUGGAUAUAAAAGAUCUGAUUAAACAAUUUCAUCAGCUUAAAGUAGAGAAGUGGUCAGAAGGAGUGACACAGGAGAAGAAAUCAGAACCAGAACGAACACCUGUAGUUUCCCAAGAACCUACACGGAUGGAAAAAUCCACGGACACAGAGGAGGAUAAUAUAUCUGCACCACAGUUUAGCAACAAGACCACCCAGUUUCCAUCAAUUAAUACUGAGUGCCCACAGACUGAGGGGACAAGCGAAGCAGUUCGUGGUCCUUCUUCCAAACCAGUCACCCCCAAGACUACCACCCCACCCUCAUCACCAUCUCCAGCAGCUGUCUCAGCAGAGUUUGCCUAUGUCCCAGCUGACCCAGCUCAGUUUGCCACUCAGAUGUUAGCACUAGCAACAAGCGAAGCAGGACAACCACCACCAUAUUCUAACAUGUGGACCCUUUACUGUCUAACUGAUAUGAAUCAACAAAGUCGCCCAUCACCGCCACCAGCACCUGGGCCUUUCCCCCAAGCAACCCUCUAUUUAUCUAAUCCUAAGGAUCCACAGUUUCUGCAGAAUCCACCGCAAGUUACUUCUCCAACUUAUGUGAUGAUGGAGGACACCAAGAAGACCAGUGCCCCACCUUUUAUUUUAGUAGGCUCAAAUGUUCAGGAAGCACAGGAUUGGAAACCUCUUCCUGGACAUGCUGUUGUCUCACAGUCAGAUGGCAUGAAGAGAUAUGCUGCAGUACAAGUACCCAUUGCUAUUCCUGCAGAUCAGAAAUUCCAGAAACAUACCCUAAAUCCCCCAAAUGCUAGUCCUCCUUUAAGUGGAAAAGAUGUCCUCAGACCACAAAGCCCAGUUUUUCUUUCUGUUGCUUUCCCAGUAGAAGAUGUAGCUAAAAAAGGUACAGGAUCUGGUGACAAACGUUCUCCCUUUGGAAGUUAUGGUAUUGCUGGAGAGAUUACUGUGACUACUGCCCAUGUUCACAGAGCAGAAACUAAAAACUGGUAGGUAAAUUUCCCCACCAUAAUAUGUGGGCCUUAACACUAGUGUUUCCAGCAUUCUGUUGACCUAGAAAUUGAGAUUCUCUAGAUUUGAGGCCACUCUGGGAUUAAUCCCCUAGUACAGGAAAAAAAAAAUGGUGUACUUAAUUUGAUGUGGUUGUCUCCAGCUGCCUCAACCACUGCUUAUUAGUAAAUGCCCAACACAUGAACCAUUGGUUUGGAAUUUUUUUUUAAAGGACAAGAUAAACGUAAAAGAGAGACUGGAAACACUGAACAGCUAAGAGACAACAAGACAGGUCUUCACAUUAAGCUCAGGUUAAAUGAAAAAUUGAUUUGUAAGAACACUGUCUUGUUCUUUUCAUUUAACCUGAGCUUAAUGUGAAGACAACAGGGUGAACAAAACCUAGAACCUACCUACACCUUAAGGAGACAGAAAUGUUAAGUAUUGAAAUAAAGGACUGAUACAGGUUUGCCUUUCAUAGUUAUGAUUAGGCAGGGUGUUCAGGCUUGGUUGGGUCCCCUUUGUCAGUGUGACUGUUUUUUACAGGUAUUGGUUACUUAAGAGCUUAGUAACACAGCAGGAGAGCAGACCUUACAAUUAAAUGUUUACGUUAUCCCUGACAGAUGCCGAAAAUGACGCUGUUUUGAGUCAACGUUCAAGGUGGAGUCUGCCACCAAGCGUUAUAUCAAUAAACUUCCUGCAAGCAUUAAA